CUCUAACUUACCUGUCUGCUGCGCAGUAGGCCAAACUAACCGUCUAACGUCUCCCAGGUACGGUGAUGUAUACUUUAGGAGUUUAACCAGAACUUGGUUGGAGUUUCCCGGUUUUGUGUGACAAAUGACAGUUCUUGUAACGAACGCUUUUCGAAGUAAAACGGACCACCACAUCUGGACCUGCUGUCAAGGAGAAGAAAGUGAUUCUGUGAGUAUCAAAACUGAACCAUGAAGAAGAAACUGCGAACUGUAAGUCCUUAUAUUUCCUCUUUAUGCUGGGGCAUUGUUUUGGCCUCCUCGUUGGCUGAGGUGGAAAGGUGAAUGAUUUAAAUAAUGUUUUUUGUUGGUACGUGGGCUAAUUACCUGUUUAGUUUGAACAUGUGUCAAUGCUGUGUUAGAAGGGGUGUAGUAUAGGUUCCAAGUGAAUUGUGAGAAUAGUAACAUAGUUUCUCAGAAUGCAGCCAAAACAUACUCCAAGGUUUUGUCUAGAUUUUCUUUCGACAUGCUUCGCCACUACUUCCUGAACUUUGCAUCACGUCACAUGAGUUACCGUACUGACGAGGGUUCGGAUUGAGUGAUCAGAGAUGCAUGCUAGGGUUCUGCGCUGUCUGAAGCCUCCAGCUCUGUAGACUUGCCCCCUUCAGGUGAAGGCAUGUGUAAGAGGUGGUUGUGAAGUCAUUUACAUGAACUGGGAUGUCAUUCAAGAUGGUGACAGGCUCUCACCUAAAGGAGAAACGCCCGGGGAUGAGAUGUGAGGGCUCUUCCUCAACGACUAGAACACCACCUCGGUCCUUCGCUAGAGAACCAUGGAGCACAUUUCAACGUUGCCCACCGUACAUCUUGAAGCCGUAGCUACGGUUUCUCUACCUCCGCAGCUGGAGUAGAGCACAGCUGCAGUCACGAAAAGGGUCCUUGGUGGGAUCUUACCGCGAUAGGUUCUGAUUUAAGGGGACCGAACUUCCAGGACCAGCUGGCCUCCUCCAUUACUCUGCAGUUCAGCCUGAGAAAGGCUUGCAUCUGAGCCAGCAGAGGGCUCAUCGGCCUGCUGUUCAUAUGGGAUGAGGAGAAUCCUACUGUAAAGACCUACCAACCAAUCCCUGCUCUGUUCAAGGUCUGGUCCGUUCAUGACCUACCUACCAACUACUGGGACGUCCGAUACCUACCAACUACUGGGACGUCCGAUACCUACCAACUACUGGGAUAUCCGAAACCUACCAACUACUGGGAUGUCUGAAACCUACCAGCUACUGGGAUGUCUGAAACCUACCAGCUACUGGGAUGUCUGAAACCUACCAGCUACUGGGAUGUCUGAAACCUACCAGCUACUGGGAUGUCUGAAACCUACCAGCUACUGGGAUGUCUGAAACCUACCAGCUACUGGGAUGUCUGAAACCUACCAGCUACUGGGAUGUCUGAAACCUACCAGCUACUGGGAUGUCUGAAACCUACCAGCUACUGGGAUGUCUGAAACCUACCAGCUACUGGGAUGUCCGAUACCUACCAUCCCACCACUGGGGUGACCUCAUCAGAUUACCUUCUCACCACUUCCAUCAAAUCCCGUCCCUGUUCUCAGGCUCAUCAAAGCGGAAGAGUUUGAGUCUGAAGGAAAACUGGACUGCCUGUGGCUCUUCAGGUGGGCAUGGCAAGGGUUCUACCUGGCCUGGUUGUUCAUGUGGUCAGGGUUCUACCUGGUUGUUCAUGUGGUCGGGGUUCUACCUGGUUGUUCAUGUGGUCGGGGUUCUACCUGGCCUGGUUGUUCAUGUGGUCAGGGUUCUACCUGGCCUGGUUGUUCAUGUGGUCAGGGUUCUACCUGGCCUGGUUGUUCAUGUGGUCAGGGUUCUACCUGGCCUGGUUGUUCAUGUGGUCAGGGUUCUACCUGGCCUGGUUGUUCAAGUGGUCAGGGUUCUACCUGGCCUGGUUGUUCAUGUGGUCAGGGUUCUACCUGGCCUGGUUGUUCAUGUGGUCAGGGUUCUACCUGGCCUGGUUGUUCAUGUGGUCAGGGUUCUACCUGGCCUGGUUGUUCAUGUGGUCAGGGUUCUACCUGGCCUGGUUGUUCAUGUGGUCAGGGUUCUACCUGGCCUGGUUGUUCAUGUGGUCAGGGUUCUACCUGGCCUGGUUGUUCAUGUGGUCAGGGUUCUACCUGGCCUGGUUGUUCAUGUGGUCAGGGUUCUACCUGGCCUGGUUGUUCAUGUGGUCAGGGUUCUACCUGGCCUGGUUGUUCAUGUGGUCAGGGUUCUGCCUGGCCUGGUUGUUCAUGUGGUCAGGGUUUUACCUGGCCUGGUUGUUCAUGUGGUCAGGGUUUUACCUGGCCUGGUUGUUCAUGUGCUCAGGGUUUUACCUGGUUCGGUUGUUCUUGUGGUCAGGGUUCUACCUGGCCUGGGGUUCUUCAUUCGGGCGUGAUCAGGGUGACGAGGCAUACCAUGUGUGAGCGUGAUGACAUGGGGAUACGCACUUAUUAUACAUCACAACUUUUUAGGCAAUAGUCCUUCAAGCGUGAAAGACUGCGACGUGGCUGCCCUUUCUAGCCCCGACAUGAUAGUUGUCUGGCAGGCCCUGUGGAUUGUAUCUUCUGGACUCCUGUGCUGGGAUGCAGGUUUUUCUUGGGCUGAAUUGUAAUGCAUUUGUCGAUGCUAGCUGGACCUGGGAGUUGGGUCCCCCUUUGAAUCAGAAACCAUCUUGGUAACAUCCCAACUAGGGUUCUCUUCAUGCUGAAACCAAGCUCUUCUUCAGCUGAGGAGGAAAAGAAAUCCUCGCUGGGGCUUCAAGAUCUAUGAAGAGGAAUAUUGAAAUGUGUGCAAUGGUUCCCUCCCGUAGGCGCUGUGGUGUAUUCUAGUCGCUGAGAAAGAGCCCUCACAUCCUACCCAUGGCGUGUCUCCUUGGGGAGUCCCUGUCACAGUCUUGACGGAUGUUCCAGGUCAUGUAACUGAUGCAACAGCCCUUUUGAACACUGUUUCUCCGGAGGGGGGCACGUCUACAGAACAAUAGACUUCAGACAGCACAGUAUCCUAACAUGCAUCUCUGGCCACUCAGACCACACCCGGAUCAAUAUGACAAUGCUCAUGCGAUGUGAAGCGAGGAAGUAGCCAAAAGACAGAUUAGUUAGCUUUUUUUGUACACUGGCAAGCAUUGUUAAUUUGUAGGUAGUUAGUUAAAUGGGGUAACUGAAAUGUUUAGUCAAAAUGAUUUGUACAUAAACCAACAGCAACAAACUACCAGAUCGCCUCAAGGUAAGUCUGUUGGCUGUAUUUUGCAAUGAGACGACCACAACAUCUUCAUCGUCGUUCAGCUCAAGGUGAGGUGCUGGUUACGUUACUUAGGGGUGGUUCGUACUGGAACGUUACGAUUCCAGUAUGACGGGGCUUGGCGUUUCUGUAGAGGUUGGUAGUUUUUGUGCAGUCUGUGAAGCUCUGAUGCUGCAGUACUGUGUGGUGGAUGUUGAGUCACCUGGGGGGAUAACUGGCAGUACGAACAGGAUUGGCAAUUGCGUUAUGUCAUCCACACCUUAUUAUGGCGUCUGGCAGUACGAUCAGGAUUGGCAAUUGCGUUAUGUCAUCCACACCUUAUUAUGGCGUCUGGCAGUAUGAUCAAUAUUGGCAUUUGCGUAAACCUCUUAACUAUUGAGCGUACCCAAUUAAGGUAAUCUGGCAGUGCCCCAUUUCAAUAGGUAACCAUUUGCGAUUAUUGGUAAAUCCUUUUGCACUAGAAAUUAGGAAGGGCACUCUUAAAAUAUAUAUAUUUUUAAUUAUCCCACAAAAUACCGCAAACUACUUUGAUAACUGCGCUCUACAAUCAACUCUCGAUUUUCUGCGCAUACAUUUAUCGGGUCGCGUAAAAGAUGGAGACAACGGCAUUUACCUACUACUGCUUUUUAGUUCUUCAACAACCCAGCAGCUGAAUGUGGCUAAGUAUCAUUUUACUAUCUAAAUUACUAUUGAUAUUGCUAGUGUUCUAAAUAUCUGGGCUGUGAUCUGCUCAAUAUAGUUUCUGCUAGACUUCAGAAACAAAAGGAAGGGUUAAAUGUAAGUGUGCUUAUUCACGUAUUAUCAAAUGGCAUAGCUGUUUAGAAAAGUAAAGUUAAUUGUUGCGCAAAUACUACCAUAAACCUUUGACUUUUGAAUAAAUCAAACUAGGCAACUAAGAUACGUAGUGACCAAGAACUCUUAUAUUGAUGUUCAGUUUAUUAUUGGUGAGGCAGUGAUGUAAAGCGCGUCGUGUUUUUAAAUGGAUGAAUGUUGUGCUUACAGACGGGGGAAACUCCAGGCCUUGCAGUCCUGAUCCUGUAUGACGCAGAAGAUGUCCAUCCAACCGCACAUCGUGGUCGGUGGGAGGAGAUGUGGCCCAGCCGUUGAACCAGGCUCUAUCGGUGUCAGGACGCGUUGGUGGAGGAGGAGGGCUGAUGGACGAGAGCCGACGGCGCCAUGGUGGACGAGAGCCGACGGCGCCAUGGUGGACGAGAGCCGACGGCGCCAUGGUGGACGAGAGCCGACGGAGGAGCCAUGGUGGACGAGAGCCGACGGAGCCAUGGUGGACGAGAGCCGACGGAGCCAUGGUGGACGAGAGCCGACGGAGCCAUGGUGGACGAGAGCCGACGGCGCCAUGGUGGAAGAGAGCCGACGGCGCCAUGGUGGACGAGGGCCGACGGAGGAGCCGUGGUGGAGGUCCUGCCUUAAGAAUGAUGUCGGGACCCGAUGGCCUUGGCUGAUGGAGGAACUGCAUCUGGAGGACGACCAUGAAUCUACCUGCCAACAGGUGGUACUAGUUUGCACUGGUUUGCAUGAACUGAACAUGGUGGACAUGAGGCAAAUUCACUGCUUUUUGCUCCAGACCAGGACUCUGUGAUGGAGGGGGGCUGUUGGAGCCGUGCUGAGGACCUGCUGGUGAAGGACGUCCCUCGUGGGGGGGGCAAGGACAGCCGACCCUGAGUGAUCUCUGCAGCGUGGUCGGUGGGAGGAGAUGUGGCCCAGCCGUUGAACCAGGCUCUAUCGGUGUCAGGACGCGUUGGUGGAGGAGGAGGGCUGAUGGAGGAGAGCCGACGGAGCCAUGUUGGACGACAGCCGACGGAGCCAUGGUGGACGACAGCCGACGGAGCCAUGGUGGACGAGAGCCGACGGAGAAGCCGUGGUGGACGAGAGCCGACGGCGCCAUGGUGGACGAGAGCCGACGGAGGAGCCAUGGUGGACGAGAGCCGACGGCGCCAUGGUGGACGAGAGCCGACGGAGGAGCCGUGGUGGAGGUCCUGCCUUAAGAAUGAUCUCGGGACCCGAUGGCCUUGGCUGAUGGAGGAACUGCAUCUGGAGGACGACCAUGAAUCUACCUGCCAACAGGUGGUACUGGUUUGCACUGGUUUGCAUGAACUGAACCUGGUGGACAUGAGGCAAAUUCCCUGCUUUUUGCUCCAGACCAGGACUCUGUGAUGGAGGGGUGGUGUUGGAGCCGUGCUGAGGACCCGCUGGUGAAGGACGUCCCUCGUGGGGGGGGCAAGGACAGCCGACCCUGAGUGAUCUCUGCAGCGUGGUCGGUGGGAGGAGAUGUGGCCCAGCCGUUGAACCAGGCUCUAUCGGUGUCAGGACGUGUUGGUGGAGGAGGAGGACUGAUGGAGGAGAGCCGAUGGAGCCAUGGUGGACGAGAGCCGAUGGAGCCAUGGUGGACGAGAGCCGACGGCGCCAUGGUGGACGAGAGCCGACGGAGCCAUGGUGGACGAGAGCCGACGGCGCCAUGGUGGACGAGAGCCGACGGAGGAGCCGUGGUGGACGAGAGCCGACGGAGGAGCCAUGGUGGAGGUCCUGCCUUAAGAAUGAUGUCGUGACCUGAUGGCCUUGGCUGAUGGAGGAACUGCAUCUGGAGGACGACCAUGAAUCUACCUGCCAACAGGUGGUACUGGUUUGCACUGGUUUGCAUGAACUGAACAUGGUAGACAUGAGGCAAAUUCCCUGCUUUUUGCUCCAGACCAGGACUCUGUGAUGGAGGGGGGCUGAUGGAGCCGUGCUGAGGACCCGCUGGUGAAGGACGUCCCUCGUGGGGGGGGCAAGGACAGCCGACCCUGAGGAUCCGCUCGGAAGACUACGAUGCGACUGCAGAGGUCUCUGGAAGACCAGGAGUCCUUGGCUGAGGAGAGCUGAUGGAGGAGCCGUGCACCUGGAGAACCAUGAGUCUGCCUGCCAACAAGUACUACUGGAAGGCGGGGCAUAGGGAGGUGAUGGAGGACCUGCCUGGUGAAGGACAUCAGGGUGGGGCGAGUGACACCCGACUCCAAGGGGAUAUCCACUGAGGAGAGAGCUGAAGGAGCCAUGCAUCUGGAAGGUGCAGUUGAAAUGCUGUGUCCAGUCUGGGACGGACAGACCUGAGCUGCAUCAAACCUGUAUCUCUGACCAGCUGGAGGCCUUUAGUGAUCAACAACCGCCACUCAUCGCUGGCCUGUGGAUUCAUCUACUCCACACUCACACAACAGGACUUUGGCCUGUGGAUUCAUCUCCUCCACACUCGCGCAACGUGACCUUCUCACCAUCUGUUGCACGUUUGGAUGCACCUAGCGUGUUCCAUCGAGGGUUCCUCCCUCCCCAUGGUGGGAGGGUUCCUUGUCCUUCAAGGCGUCGGGGUUCAGUGUUAGGGACAGAGUUAGGGACAGAUGGCUGCGCUGGAUUCACGAUAUACGCUUUGUGAUCAAAAUGGGUUCGGACAUCGGACAAAUCGCUUCCCAAAAUGUUUCAAUGUGUAAACGAUUUUAU